UGUCAUAAGGUAGGGGGCUGCGAAGUGCAGCUGCUGGGGAGUGAGGUCACAAUGAGCCCAAUCCAAGUUCUUUUCUGCCUUCUGACCAGCCCCUCCCCUCUCCACAACCAGGAACUUCCGUCAAGCCCAGGUGAGAGGUGCCAGGAGGCUGCCUGGGUCCUCAAGGGGGAUAUAUGUCCAAAUGGCCUUACCACAAGGCCCCUUUGCCCUCAAAGUUCUGCUCCUCCCGGGGGCUUCUUAGGAUCUAAAAGGAUCAGUCCUAGCCAUCUCGUCAGCCAUCUCAGCAAGGGCUGACGGGGCGGAACAGCAAAGCAGAGGCGAGUCCUGAGAGCGUGGAGCCUGAAGCCCGGCGCCAGAGGGAGACCAAGAGGGUGAGAUGCGGCUGGAACCCAGCCAGAGCGGAGACUGAAGCCCGAACUAGGGGCCGGGCCUCAGGCCUAGGAACUAGCCACGAGCUGAAACGGAGGCGGACGGCCCGGACAGAAGAGGCGGGGCUUUCAGACCAGAGGGCGGAGCCAAGAGCUGAAAAGGGUGGUGAUUUGGUCCAGAAGAGGAAGAACUUAAGCUCCGGAGGCAGAGCCAAGGGCUGAAGGGGACUACUCCCUAGGACAGAGGCCGGGAGGUCUCGCGCCGACUAAGCCGAGUGGCGCGGAGGAGCGGAGCCUUCAGCCCCGCGGCUGGGCCGAGCCCGAAGGUGGCGUCGGUGUCGGGGAGCCGCCACGUGCACCGGCCGUCCUCCCUGGGCCGCAUCGCGGUGGUGGUGGACCAGGGCUCGGGCUUCACCAAGGCGGGCUUCGCGGGUGAGAACCAGCCGCGCAUAGUGCUGAAGAGCUCUAGCCUGGUGCCCAGCUGGGACCGGCCGGUGCUGCCCGGAGCGCCGGGCUGCGAGCUGGCGGGCGGCGUGGCGCGGGCGCACCCCAUCAAGCACGGCGUGGUGGCGGACUGGGAGGCGCUGGAAGGGCUGUGGGAGCGCCUGCUGGUGGGCGGCCUGCGGGUGUGCCCAGAGCAGUGGCCCGUGCUGGUGAGCGACUCGCCGUCGGCGCCGCCCGUGGGCCGCGAAAGGGUGGCGGAGCUGCUGUUCGAGACCCUGGCAGUGCCCGCGUGCCACAUGGCUAGCACUGCGUUGCUGGCGCUCUGCUCCACCGGCGCGUUCAGCGGGCUGGCCGUGGAGGCGGGCGCGGGCGUGUGCCACGCCACGCCCAUCUACGCGGGUCACUCGUGGCACCAGGCCACCUUCCGGCUGAACGUGGCAGGCAGCACCCUGUCGCGCUACCUGCGGGAUCUGCUGGUGGCGGCGAACCCUGACCUCUUGCAGCAGGCCCUGCCCCGCAAGGCCAUCACACAUCUCAAGAAGCGCAGCUGCUACGUGUCCCUGGACUUCGAGGGCGACCUCCGCGACCCCGCCCGCCACCAUCCGGCCAGUUUCAGCGUGGGUAACGGGUGCUGCGUCUGCCUCAGCAGUGAGCGCUUCCGCUGCCCCGAACCCAUCUUCCAGCCGGGCCUGCUGGGCCAGGCUGAGCAGGGGCUGCCCGCGCUGGCCUUCCGGGCGCUGCAGAAGAUGCCCAAAACGCUGCGGACACGGCUGGCAGACACCGUGGUGCUAGCCGGCGGCUCCACACUGUUUCCUGGCUUCGCCGAGCGCCUGGACAAGGAGCUGGAGGCGCAGUGCCGGCGGCACGGCUACGCGGCCCUGCGGCCCCACCUGGUGGCCAAGCAUGGGCGUGGCAUGGCUGUGUGGACCGGCGGCUCCAUGGUGGCCUCCCUGCACUCCUUCCAGCGCCGCUGGAUAACUCGGGCCAUGUACCAGGAGUGUGGCUCCAGGCUGCUGUAUGAUGUGUUCAACUGAGUCAGGCUGGACUGGGGGGGUGGCACUGCGGUGGGGGACAGCUCUCUAUCUAAAGAGUCAAGUGUUUGGAGCUGGCAGGGUCCUCCUGGAGGUUGGAGCUGACUGGAUGGGUCACCCCCAUACCCUUUCUGGGCCAGGAGGAGGUAUUUGGGACCCAUGGGACCCUCAUUUUGAACUGCAGUUUGAAUCUCCCCAACCACUGCCAGUUCAGAGAAUGCCAGUCCAGCUGCCUACCCACAGGGCCCUACUUUAUGGCAAUAAAGGUGAUGCCCCACUUGUG